AUGGAUAUGGAACAACUGAAAAGAAAUCAGAUACUUGGUAACAGUACCGAGCAGGAGCCGUUAAUGAAAAGUUCCGGUGAAGCGAAACCAAGAACUCCAGUGCGCGUGUAUAUUUUCACUUUCUUCGCUGCCAUUGGAGGCUUUGAGAUGGGAUACAACUUCUCGGUCGUUUCCGGAGCAAUGAUCCUUGUUAAAGAAGAGUUUCAUUUGUCGACAUUUUGGCAAGAGCUCAUCGUGAGCGUAGCAAGUGGUACCGCUAUAAUCGGAGCUCUGGUAGGAGGUUUUGUGAAUCAACGAUGUGGGCGGAAACCCACGCUUUUAGCUUGUGCGAUGGUGCUAACGGUAGGAGCCGUGGUGGAGGCAAUUGCUACAUCGAGAAAUGUUCUACUCAUUGGUCGGCUCACUGUCGGUUUUGGAAUAGGUGAAUAAGAAAAAAUUAGGUUAUGCGUAAUAUCUGUAAUAUGUUAAUCGCUAAGUAAUAUUUGCAUAGUUAACGCUGUAAAUCUCGGAAUCAAGAGUUCUCGGAAUCAAGAGUUCUCAGAAGCUCAAGAACGGCGGUAAGUACCUUAAAGGCUCUUAGCUCAGAGCACAGGCGUCUCAAGGUCACGUCUCAAGAGAAAGCGAACGAUUUUUUCAUGAAUUGAAAUUCUUAAAAACAUCGCGCGUUGUUUGACCCGAGGGUUAGUUUCGAGACGAAUCGCUUAGAAUUUGAAUACGUUAUAGGGAAUAAUAUGGGGAACGAAAUAUGGUCGAUUUACGACGGUAAAUAUUUCGAAAUUGUAACAUUUUACGAAUAAAAAAAAUAAAACCUACUCACAUCUUGUGUGUCCGUUAUGGUUUUCGGCGUUUUCUGCCGUUUUAAGCUUGCUUUGCCGUCACCGUUAUUCCUGUUAUAAGACGAUGUAACAGUGAUUUUAAAGCAGGCUUAAAACGGCAGAAAACGCCGGAAACCACAACAAGAUGGGAGUAAUAUCCAUUGAUUUUACGCGUUCAUAUUUUGAAAUAAUUAUCGACACUACAAAUGGAAAUUAUAGGUAUGCGUCUCCUCCAUUCUAUGGGUUGAAGAGUUAUGCAGCCGAAUAUCCUAUUUUGGAAUGAGUUGAAAUACACCAGUCUUCGUAAAACCUCCCUCAAAAAAAGAAGAGAUUUAAAUAAAAACUAAAUUGAGUUAAUCUUUGCUUGUGGUGAUAUUCGGUUAGAUAGAUGACAGGACCUUACGUUUUUUUUUCUUUAAUUGUUUGCAGGAGGGGUGUCUACUACCGUUCCAGUUUAUAUUGCUGAAAUUGCGCCAUGGAGUAUAAGGGGUCGUUUAGUCUCCGUCUAUUACCUAUUUAUGACGGGAGCUGAAUUUGUCGCUUCUGUUGUUGACGGUAUAUUCAGCCCUUACAAGAAGACAGGAUGGAGGUAAAGAGAUCUAGAAUUAUUUCUUUUGUCUUUUAUGUUAACUUACUUAGAUUACUUUCAACAAAUUCUGGUCAAAAUUAAAAAUUUUUUUUUUGCUCUUUAGUCAGAGAGAGCAGUCAACUUUAAUUUUUCGACAGAAAAUCUCAUAACUUUAAAACGAACGCGAUAUACGGCUGAAAGAGGAACCCGUAGCGAAGAGCGAAAGAGUUGUCCUGGUUGUCGUAAAAUGACGGAAAUUAAGCUUCUCGCUGGAAUGUGAAAAAGUCGAUAAAAUUGCCAAAAAUCCAAAAAGUAGCUACCUAAAUUUCUUGAUUAUAUUUUACAUAAACUUUGAUUAAAAGGUUCUAUUUUUGUUUUUCACAAUAAAUGCUAACAUCGGUCAAGAAAACUUUAUUUAAACUGGGUGUUAUUAAACAGUCGAUCAGCAGACCGCGGAACCUGUAGAACCUACAGAACCUGCGGAACCCACAUUUUUUCGGUUUAAGAAAAGUAAUGAGAGUUACCUCUACUGAAACGAAUUAACAUAGGUAUGUAGAUUUGUUGGAUUUUCAUGAAAAUUGGCUGGAAUGUUAUUAACGCAGCAAAUGUUGUGAGACCUAUACGAAAAUCGAAGUAUUUCUCUUUAGACGUAUGAUCAUAACAACCAAAAUAUUUUCGUUGACCAGCUUCCAAAUAGUUUUCUCAGGAACCGAUAGGAGCAUCGAAAAAAGCCUCACACACUUUGUUAGACUACUGUCUGUUGAGUAAAACUGUUCAGUUUCUUUAUUGGAGGCCCGCUGAAACGCGGAGGUUGGUAAUUUAGUUAGGCAAACACCGCUAGUUGUGUUUAAAGGCUCGCAUGUGCUUACCAAAUCAAAAACUGUGAGAACUUAUGUAAUUUUCUCAGUGUGAGAAUUUAUGUAAUUUUCUCAGUCUAUACUCGACAUGCUUUUUAGUGUUAUCUAGUUUUCUGCGGUUCUUUAAAGGUAGCGCUCAUACGACGAUUUUUCCGAAAGGUACCCUAUUUCGUUGACAGCUGCUAUAAUUUCUCAUUUUGCAAAUAUAUCAGCCAUGGGGAGUAACGUUGAGAUGGCCAAGUUAAUGUAUUUUCCUCCACUCCUCCACCCAUGAUCGACAAAAUUUGCAAAACAACAACCAAACAUAUCAAACUCAUGGGGUACAAAUAGUCUUAAAAUGAAUGUAGUGACCACGCCCACUUCAACACCCCACUCAAAUCGAGUGUAAUUUUCGAAUGUUUUACCAUUGUGCGGAUUCUCUACGGAAAAAGCACUCAAUGUACCUCUGAAAUAUUAAACUAUAAUAUUGUGGCUUUCUAUUUCGCUAAUUUUCUAACUUGAAGGUAAAGUUUUUCCCUCGUCAUUUUUACCUUUUCUCCGAGCGGUUGCGUGAAAUUAACAAGGCGUUUUUGAUCAAAACACGACCGAGCGAAGGGUCUCGGGCGAUAUCUCUUUUACGCAGGCGCAAAUUAAAAAUGUACCGCCAGAAUCAAAAAGAGGAACAAAUUUCCUUUGUUUUGAUAUGUAAAGUGUCGAACAAAAAGCAGAUUUACCUUCGUCAAAUGGCAUUUCAAAACAGCUGUAUCUUCCUCCUUUUGAUUUUUUCCUGUUUUGUGAGCGUGAAAGCAGUAGGAGAGGGAUCGGGAAACUCAGAAAGCGCUUCGGGAAUUAGUCUGCCAUCGUUUACUUACAAGAUAAACAAGUAAGAUUUGUGAAGUUCGUUGAAGUACGAAGUCUAAAUAAAUGCCUUUUUUAAGCUUGUUUGCUGGAUUUUUCGUAAACAUCCCUGAUUAGUUUUUCGUUUCAGCUUACUAAUCUAUACUAUUUCAAAGCAAUGAAAAGACGAAGACGGAGAACCAUGAGUCGGUCCUUUCAACAAUCGUAAACAAAGUGUUUGAGCAAUCAGGUAUACGAGGUGUAAUUAUCAAUAGCCGCACAUUAGAAGUCUUCAGAAAGAAAGUAUUCUGUCUUCAGAAGGCUAUCAAGAAAGCUAGUGAUCGUGGCGGAAGGCAAUUAAAUGCGCUUCUUAGCAAGUUGGAAACGGGCUUUCGGUAUCGAUUUAAUAUCAUAUCGAUCUCAGUAUCAUACAGUUUUGUAUCUUUCCUCCGUGGAUUCGCCUUUCUAACGAGGGUUUAUGUUGAGUAUUCAUUGCAAAAUCGCUUUGUUUUUUUCUUUCUUUGGCUUGUCCGCCAUUUUGAAAAUUCGUAACGGAAAGCAUGCGCAUUACGUGGGGUUAGUGGUUGCGUACACCUGGAACCGAGAAAAACAAAUGCUCGUCGCUCUGGGGAAAGAGUUUGAUAUGUAACUUGAUUAGGCACAUAGCGAAUAGGUCAAAUGCUAUCCCCACCAACCCAUCCGCCCCCCCUCCCCCCCUUCCCAACCCACUUCUCUCCAAUUUUCCACACAGUUUUAUCAGGUUCUCUCAUGGGUGCCUACGUAAAACUCCUCGUGAAGGAAGGCACUAGUCUCGUACCCAGGCCUUUCACGCCUAAGCCUACAUUUUAGUUACAGUUGCAAAAUAGGAUCAGGGUACGAGAUGGGGGAGGCACUGAGUGACCUUGUCAAGACUUGGGUACCAGCCAGCAACUUGCUUGGGAUAAACUUAGGCACUAACCGGGCUUACGAAUCAGAUUCUACACUUAUAACAAUCAAAAAGUAAUCGUAUUAUAAUAGUUCUCGAUCACAAAACCCUGACAUAAUACUCCCCAACCAUCUUCAAGAAAUUUAUUGUAAAAUCCUGUAUCUCUUUGGUAGAUUCAUGUUUGGUUUAGCUGCACUUCCGUCGGCCAUCAUGUUCAUGGGUUGUCUGUGGCUUCCAGAAAGUCCCAGUUGGCUCGUCAGCCGGGGCGCCUGUGAACAUGCAAGGGAAGUUCUUGUGAGAAUUAGAGGAACGGCGAAUGUGGACGAGGAGCUGCAAGCUAUACAGACCGUUUGUAAGGAACAAGAAUCUUAUGAUAAGAAAAGUAAGUUUCUUAAUUAUUGGAGGGUUGGUUUAUUGAUUGACACCUCCACACGAAGCGUAAAACUCUUUUGAGUGGUUCUGUUUAAGUUUGAACCUGAUGUGAUCCCGAGGUAAUAAUGGGACAUUCCGAGUGGGAUCCAGUUGUGCGAGAUCGCAGCAGAAUUCAGACGUGGCACGGGGAAGAAUUCCGGCGUGAUUCAGUGGUGGUCCUGCAUGGGAUCCCACACUGUGCUCGAGUAGGUUCUGAGUGUGUUCAUGUAAAGUAUUUUUGUUGUUGUUCUGUUGUCAAUGCAAUGAAAUUCUAGCAUUCCGUUUUCUCAUUUUCUUCAGUGGAAAAUACCGAUCGCUGAUUAAGUUUUGUUAUAAAACCUGAACUUUUGGAGACCCUUUCACAGCGAGUUAUUUGGUGUCACAGAGACGUUUUCCGCAAAAUAAAAGGUUGUCAAUGUUGUUUUUAGGCAGAUUUUAUGAGAUGUUGACCACGUCAAGUACAAGGAAGGCUCUUUUAGUUGGCUGUGUGUUGGUAUCAAUGCAAGAUCUGUCUGGGAUUAAUUUGAUUCUGUAAGUUAAACCGUUUUAUUAACUACGCAACUUUCAAUUUAAAGCUAGAAUAUAGAUCUCUGGGCGAGCCAGGCAGAGUGCGUGACAUAGCUUUGACUAUAGGCUGAUUGAAAGGGGCCUUUGUUGGGUUACCUUGUCAAUCGUAAAGAAUGCAUUGCAUCAAAGUAACAGGUUAGUAAGUAGAGAUGCAUUAUUUCGUCAAUAUUUUCCACCCAGCAUCUUUUCAUCCCAAGUUUUGAUGUUUUUUUGUAACCGUUGAAAAACCGUAAAUUUUUAGCACUUUUGUCGGUGUUGGGCUCAAACUUGGAGAAUCUUCAAGUGUGAUCUUAUUCUUUUCAUUGUUGAGAUCGAUUUGGCGCCACAAUCCUAUUUAUUUUCUGGUCGCUCAACCCCGGCGGCGGGCGGGGUACUUUUUAGUGAUAAGCGAAUGGGGCUGUGCCGCUUGAUGAGGUCGCAUUAUCACGACUGGUUUGACUAUAGAACGGGUAAGCUUUCAAUGGAGUUAUUAGAGUGGAGUCGUAAGAUUUUCGGGAUUUUGGGGUAAGGAAAUUCUGGCAAGAAAGGAUUUAAAAAUAGGAAGACUUGCAGUUUAAAAGAUGUUAGCGUGUUCUGUUUGAUAUUUAACAAUCGGCUCGCAUAAAAGGAUGACCAAUUUCUUUAUAAGGUAGAAGCAUAAACAGAAAGGGACUGGGCUGAGAUUGUGAAAAUUGCAUUUGUCCCAAAGUUCUCAAAGGCCAGCGGCACAUACCUAGCAAAAAUUGACCUACGUGCCCCCUACCCCUGGUCUUCACAUCAAUAAUAAAAUAAAGUUUUGAUAAAAGUGUUUUUUGUUUCCAGAUCCUACUGUGCAACUAUUUUACAGAUGUCAGGUGUACAGGGAGACCGAGCAGUCUUCUGGCUUGCUGUGGUGAUAUAUUUUGGUAAUUUCAUAUUUCCCUUUGUUGGAUUGUAUCUGGUAGAGAAAGUAGGACGCCGUAAGCUACUAUUAGGAAGUCUUGCCGGGGUCACUGUUUGCUUGUUUCUCUGUGGCGGUGCAUUUUACAUGGUGAAGCAACACGAUGUCGCGAUAACCUUUAACGAGAGAGCGAUUUCUAAUAUCAGCAACAAUUGUCCCGCCACCGGAUUUUGCUUAGAUUGCCUCGGAGUCCAAGAAAACUGUGGAUUUUGUUAUGCUAAAGACUCCUCCAAUAAUCCUAUAUAUGGUUCUUGUGUUCCAAUCCAUGUAUCUUUUAGCGACAACACGGCCGCUUUUGGUAGAUGCAGUCGCAAUGAUCAUUCAGUAACAUGGUCGUACCAAGCUUGUCCUUAUAAGCAUGCGUGGUUAGCAACUUUAGCUCUUGUGUUAUACAUCGCCGCGUUCGGUCUGGGGAUGGGACCGCUGCCAUGGACGAUAAAUUCUGAAAUCUACCCCCUAUGGGCCCGUAGCACGGGGUAUGGGUUUGCUACAGCUGUAAAAUGGUCUACUUAUUUGGUACUAUCCAUGACUUUCCUGUCUCUGACUGAAUGGAUUACAAGUUUCGGGGCGUUUUGGCUGUACGGGGGAAUUUCGCUUCUGGGUUGGUUGUUUUUCUUUGCUUAUCUUCCUGAGACCAAAAAUAAAUCGCCCGAGGAAUUGGAACAUUUAUUUUCAUAGCAUGUGAAAACAUUUUGUAUUUUGUCUAGUUGGUCACUUAUGGAACAAUAAAAUGGAUGGGCGAAAAAAAAUCCCUGAAACUUCUCGGAGAAUAUCGUGAGAAUAUGGGAAACUACAUUAUUAGUACCAGCCCCCUUACAGACCUCUCACCGGCUCGCGUUGCUCAAGGGCUUGUGCCGAAGCACUAAUAAUGAGGCAUGCUCGCAACGCAGUUUCCCGCUGAUAGUAACUAGACAUUUGCCAGUCGUUUCAAAGUCUAGAAUACACUGAGGGGAAUUCUCAUUGGCAACCUUAUUACUAAAUCGUUAAUAAGUGGAUCAACAUGUGUCGGUCUCAGCCACAGGCAGCCCAAGCUCCAGGUGUGAGAUGAUCAUCUUGCGAACUAAGACUCAUGACG